AUUCGGGUAAAUUACACAAACCCUAUAGCGAAUCGUCUGAGUCGAAAAUAGGAGAGGAAAACAAAUGCAGAAGAGAGAGCAGGGCAAAUCAGGUGGCGCAGCUGGUGGCACCACCGCGCCACAGGCCAAGAGAGGCAGGCCAUUCGGAAGCACCACUGGAAGUGCAGCCUCCGCCUCCACAAUUGAUUCAGUGGCUCCGUCAACUCUCCUCGGUCCUUCCCUCCAAAUCCACAGCUCCUUCGCAGACCAAAACAAUAAAAGGAUAGUUCUAGCACUUCAAAGUGGGUUAAAGAGUGAGUUGACUUGGGCUUUGAACACUCUUACGUUGCUCUCUUUCAAAGAGAAAGAUGAUAUGCGUAAAGACGCCUGCUUAGCGAAAAUACCAGGCUUGCUUGAUGCGCUUCUCCAAAUUAUAGAUGAUUGGCGUGAUAUAUCUCUGCCUAAAGAGCUUAGAAAGGGAACUAGGGCUAGAACGUUGGGUGCGAAUUCUGGUGUAACAGGAUUUGGCAAUGAAUAUGAGGCUUUGGGAUCAAAUUCCUUGCUGCCACAGUCAGGGUUGGGGUCUGGAUCCUCUGCUGUAGAAAUAUCAUCACAGAAGAAUACGAGUAAACUGCGUCCUUCAGAGUGGUGGUUUGAUGAAGAUGGUCUCUUUAAUCUAGAUGAUGAGGGGCGAGCAGAAAAACAGCAGUGUGCUGUUGCUGCUUCUAAUAUUAUUCGCAACUUCUCUUUCAUGCCGGAGAAUGAAAUUGUUAUGGCUCAACAUCGUCAUUGCUUGGAAACUGUGUUUCAGUGCAUAGAAGAUCAUAUCGUAGAGGAUGAGGAACUUGUCACAAAUGCCAUUGAGACAAUUGUAAAUUUGGCUCCCUUGCUUGAUCUUCGAAUCUUUAGCUCACCAAAGCCAUCUUACAUUAAAAUAACCGAAAAACGUGCAGUUCAAGCUAUCAUGGGGAUGCUUGGAUCUCCGGUCAAAGCCUGGCACUGUGCAGCUGCUGAAUUUCUUGGGCGCAUGAUUAUAAAUCCUGAUAAUGAACCACUCCUCCUUCCCUUUGUUCCACAGAUGUACAAGCGUUUAGUCGAUCUUUUGAGCUUGCAGGCAUUUGAUGCACAAGCUGCUGCCAUUGGUGCACUCUAUAACCUUGUGGAUGUCAAUAUGGACUGCAGAUUGAAGCUUGCUAGUGAGAGAUGGGCUAUUGAUCGUAUACUGAAAGUGAUCAAGACACCACAUCCAGUGCCAGAAGUCUGCCGGAAAGCUGCGAUGAUAAUGGAGCACCUUGCAUCUGAUCCUCAGAACAGGCAAUCGCUGCUAGCUUAUGAAAAUGCAUUUGCGGAGAUACUCUUUUCGGAUGGUAGACAUUCUGAUACCUUUGCAAGGAUUUUGUUCGAACUAACUUCUAAACCAAACAACAAAAUGGCAGCAGCUCGGGGAAUUUGGGGCAUGUAAUUGACACCCUGCUCUUUUGGUGGUUUGACUCUAAUUUAAGUCACUGUUAUAUUGGGACAUGGCCCCUAAGCACACUUGUACAUACUGGCGGAGUCUAGAUUUUAACUACCCAUUAUGUCUGUCCUGUAAUUUUGUAUUGAUCCUGUAUUUGUUAGCGCCAAUCUAGUGACUGUUUUUUCUGCCUUUUAAAUGAGCAAAGACCUCCCCCAUUUUUGUAUC